CAGAGAGAGACAGAGAGACAGAGAUACAAGUGAUACAAAUGGUCAGCCAUUAGAGAAAUGCCGGAUGGGUAGGGUAAGAUUUCAGAUUAGUAAUGAGUGUUGUGUGUCUUAAGGUACAUAGUCCUGUUUUGUGAACUUUUAUUUUACCGCUCUUGUGAGCAGCAUGAAGAUAGUUUGCUGUGUUGUGUAUUGCUACAGUGGUGUCCAUAUAAGAUCCCCCAUUGGCCAACCAUACUUGAUUGUGGGCGGACACUAGACAGAGAAGACAUCUUAUGGCUCCAGAGAGACUCAACCAGAGAGACUACAGAGAGAGAUUCAAGCAGAGACAGCAGUGCCCGGAGAGAGGAUCAACCAGAAAGAGCAGUGACAGAGAGAAACAAGUUUCUAGAGACUAGAUACAAGACAGGAUCCAGACAGACUAGACAAAGAACAAAGAGAGACCAGAGUUAUGGAGAAACAUCACUGCGACUCUUGUGGGAAGAGCCUUUCCUCAUCCAGUAGCCUCCAGAAGCACAUGCUGAUCCACACUGGAGAAAAGCCCUACAGCUGUGACGUCUGUGGUAAAACCUUUAGACAGUCUGGUACUCUCAGCGUUCACCGCAGGAUCCACACUGGAGAGAAGCCAUACAGCUGUGACCUCUGUGAUGAAACCUUUAGCCAGGCUGGCAAUCUCACAGCUCACCGCAGGAUCCACACUGGAGAGAAGCCCUACAGCUGUGACCUCUGCGGUAAAACCUUUAAAAAGGCUGGCCAUCUCACAGUUCACAGCAGGAUCCACACCAGAGAGAAGCCCUUCAGCUGUGACCUCUGUGGUAAAACCUUUAGCAUGGCUAGUACUCUCAAUGAUCACCGCAGGACCCACACUGGGCAGAAGCCAUACAGCUGUGACCUCUGUGGUAAAACCUUUAGCCACGCUGGCAGCUUAAGAGGUCACCGCAGGAUCCACACUGGAGAGAAGCCCUACAGCUGUGAUGUCUGUGGGAAAACCUUUAGCCACGCUGGCAGCUUAAGAGGUCACCGCAGGAUCCACACUGGAGAGAAGCCCUACAGCUGUGACCUCUGUGAUAAAACCUUUAGCCUGAAUAGUACUCUCAGCGUUCACCGCAGGACCCACACUGAAGAGAAGCCCUACAGCUGUGACCUCUGUGGUAAAACCUUUAGCCAGGCUGGCCAUUUUACAGCUCACCGCAGGAUCCACACUAGAGAGAAGCCCUACAGCUGUGACCUCUGUGGUAAAACCUUUAGCCUGGCUAGUAGUCUCAACGUUCACCGCAGGAUCCACACUGGAGAGAAGCCCUACAGCUGUGACCUCUGUGGUAAAACCUUUAGCCAGGCUGGCCAUUUUACAGCUCACCGCAGGAUCCACACUAGAGAGAAGCCCUACAGCUGUGACCUCUGUGGUAAAACCUUUAGCCUGGCUAGUGCUCUCAAUGAUCACCGCAGGAUCCACACCGGAGAGAAGCUCUACAGCUGUGACCUCUGUGAUGAAACCUUUAGCCAGGCUGGCAAUUUCACAGCUCAUCGCAGGAUCCACACCAGGGACAAGCCCUACAGCUGUGACCUCUGUGAUAAAACCUUUGCACGGGUUGACAGUUUUACAGUUCACUGCAGGAUCCACACUGGAGAAAAGCCCUACAACUGUGACGUCUGUGGUAAAACCUUUAGACAGGCUGGCCAUUUCACAGCUCACCGCAGGAUCCACACUAGAGAGAAGCCUUACAGCUGUGACCUCUGCGGUAAAACCUUUAGCCUGGCUAGUACACGCAACGUUCACCGCAGGAGCCACACUGGAUAGAAGCCCUACAGCUGUGACCUCUGCGGUAAAACCUUUAGCCACGCUGGCAGCUUAAGAGGUCACCGCAGGAUCCACACUAGAGAGAAGCCCUACAGCUGUGACCUCUGUGGUAAAACCUUUACACGGGUUCACAGUUUCAGAGAUCACUGCAGGAUACAUACUGGGGAGAAGCCCUACAGCUGUGACCUCUGUGGUAAAAGCUUUAGCCAGGCUAGUGCUCUCAACAUUCACCGUAGGAUACACACUGGGGAAAAGCCCUACAUUUGUGAAUGCUGCGAUAAAGCCUUCUCUACCUCAGGUGCUUUGAAGAAUCACAGUAGGAUCCACACAGGAGAGAAGCCCUACAGUUGCCCACACUGUGACUACUCAGGUAAAACAAAUGGCAAUCUGAAGAGUCACCUGCGUAUCCACAAUAGAAAAGACCCAUAGCAGUGAUGUGUGGGGCCGAGCUGACCCAGCAGUCACCACCUGAGAGAACUUCUGUAUGACCCACAGCUGGAAGAACUACUGGCCUGCACCUACUGGGACAGCACAUGCAGUAACACCAGAUCUACAGUCCAACAUGACUGCACACACACAGGAAAUAAUACUCUACCCCUGUAACGAUGGGAGGGAAGCUGUGUCAGACUGGGUAGAAACCUUGUCAACUCUGGCUGACACCUUUCUGCUCUGAAGCAACUGAAUUCAAGCACAUAUAAUUUUCCGUUGUCGUCUAAAAUGAUCUGGUAUUGUAGAUAUAGGAGGUGUUGAGGGGUGUGUGUGUUGUUCCAAACACACCAUGAAAUGUAUUAGCAUUUCCUGUGAUAGUAGACUUGGUGGUUCUGAUGUAGAGGGUUACUGUGUCUCUCACCAAGGGAUCAUUUGCUAUUGUUUUUCAGACCAUACUGAAUACAUUUCAGACAAUACUGACUUUGUUGAAUCUGUCUAUAUUUACUCUGACUAUAUUGAAGUCCUGUUGUUCUAUGAACUUUCUUUCUGCUGUUCUUUCUACAUACACUAGUUGUCUCUUUGGAUAAAAGUGCCUGCUAAAUGAAUAUUCAUUGCUUCACGUUGGUACUUCAUUAUCACUUGGUUUCAGUCUGUUACAUUUGUUGGUAAAUGUAAAGCCUUUUGUAAGACUAAUUUGAAAAGUGAUA